AUGUCUUCUCAUCAGCUACACAACCAACGCUUUCCCUGGAGAAUACAUCCCUACUGUGUAAGUACACACACACACACACACACACACACACACACACACACACACACACACACACACACACAAACACACACUUUAUUUGUAGAGUACUCUAGAAAAAGUGUGUGUGUAUGUUCUCUCCCUCAGCUUUGAUAACUACUCAGCCAAUGUGAUGGUGGACAGUAAGCCAGUCAACCUGGGUCUCUGGGAUACAGCAGGACAGGAGGACUACGACAGGCUGAGACCACUGUCCUACCCACAGACGGUACACACACUCACACAUUUAUAUAUAUAUAUAUAAUACACACCUAAUUGAGUCCGGUGUCCUAUGUUAAUGUAUAGAGCUUGAUCUCUCUCUCUCUCUCUCUCUCUCUCUCUCUCUCUCUCUCUCUCUCUCUCUCUCUCUCUCUCUCUCUCUCUCUCUCUCUCGCUCUCGCUCUCGCUCUCGCUCUCUCUCUUCCAGGACGUGUUCCUCAUCUGUUUCUCUCUGGUGAGCCCAGCCUCCUAUGAGAACGUCAGAGCCAAGGUGAUCAUCUCUAGAUUAUACCUGUAUCUAUCACAGUGAAAUGAAAGCACUUUUGAUCUUUUUAAAGAUCUUUUCAUUCUUAUUUUCAAGAUGUUUUCAUUAUUUCUACAUAGUCUAUUCAUCGUUGUAACAGAACAGUGUGGGCGUGAAAUGCAUCACACACAAAACAACAGCCAUCAUCACUUGGGAACAAGGGCCUUGACAUUUUUAUUUUAUUGGUUUUCACAUAUUAAAGCUAGAAUCCUUAAAUGCUACAUCCAUUUUGGGACUUAUAAAUUAAUGAUAUGUACCUAUUGAUUCUUGAAGAAUAUAACUUUUAAAUGCCUCAUGAGCAUACCCCAUCAGAACCGAAAACAUAAUAUUGUUUUACUCCAGUGUAUGUAAACGUAAAUGUAAACAAAUACUGUAUAUAUGUUUGAAAUGAUACGUUUGAUAUCAUGGAUGGUCCUUGCAUCCAUAACUCUGUCUAUGAAUUUGAGAAUGGUUACAUUUCUCCAGCCACUUCCCUUAGCUUUUAAGCGAAACAGCGGCGGUGACAAUGAUUUGUUAUUGUUUAAAUUAAGGAUUCUAGCUUUAAUGAUACAACAUAACAAAAUAAUGAUUUCAUUCUUUAAGUGGAGGGAGAAGAGGGGGUGUUGGUGUAACAUACAUUCUCAAAUAGGACUUAGUCCAUAGUGCCAUAAGCCAUAAACACAUUCAUAGCAAGCGUUGUCCUCCAUAGCGAGGGAGCCCACCCCUCCCCCAGAGACCGACCCCCGUGUCCCCGCUCCGGCUCCCAACCCAGACAAUGAACGUGUCAAUAAAUAUCUAUUUGAUGUCAGGUGCAUUGGGUCUGGGCCGGAGCAGAGAGCCACAAGGGGAUGGGUCCCCUGGAAGAGGGCCAGGCAGCCACGCCACACAAGGCCAAUGUCCAACACAUUACCUACUAGAUUUUAGAAAAUAAUAAUAAUAUUAAGCAAUAAUUGUUUAUUUAUUUUAACACGGGAGUUCUGUAGUGUUCAAAGACAUUAACACAUAAUCAUGUCAUAUGUCAGCCAUGUUUGAAUUGGUCUCUGAAUUGAGGCCGCUCCACCCUCUCCCCAGAGACCCACUCCCAGGCCGCUCCACCACCUCCCCAGAGACCCACUCCCAGGCCACUCCACCACCUACCCAGAGACCCACUCCCAGGCCGCUCCACCACCUACCCAGAGACCCACUCCCAGGCCGCUCCACCACCUCCCCAGAGACCCACUCCCAGGCCGCUCCACCACCUCCCCAGAGACCCACCUCCCAGGCCGCUCCACCACCUACCCAGAGACCCACUCCAGGCCGCUCCACCCCCUCCCCAGAGACCCACUCCCAGGCCGCUCCACCCCCUCCCCAGAGACCCACUCCCAGCCACGCCACCCCCCUCCCCAGAGACCCACUCCCAGCCGCUUCCACCCCCCUCCCCAUAGACCCACUCCAGGCCGCUCCACCCCCUCCCCAGAGACCCACUCCCAGGCCACGCCACCCCCUCCCCCGAAGACCCACUCCCAGGCCACACCACCCCCUCCCCAAGACCCACUCCCAGGCCGCUCCACCCCCUCCCAGAGACCCACUCCCAGGCCGCUCCACCCCCUCCCCAGAGACCCACUCCCAGUGCCGCUCCACCCCCUCCCCAGAGACCCACUCCCAGCCACACACCCCCUCCCCAGAGACCCACUCCCAGGCCACGCCACCCCCUCCCAGAGACCCACUCCCAGGCCACGCCACCCCCUCCCCAGAGACCCACUCCCAGGCCACACCACCCGCCCAGGAUUGGGGAGUAACUGCUUUCAUGUAAUCAGUUACAUGUAAUCUGAUUACAAAAAAAUUUAACUGUACAAAUAUUGUAAUCAGAUUACAGGUACUUUUGAAAAACGAGAUGAUUAGUUACAUGUAAUCUGAUUACAAAACAACUGCAACUGUAAUCAGUUAAAUUACCAUCAAAAAUAUUGUAAUCAGAUUACAGAUACUUUAAAUAAAACGAGAUGAUUACUACUUGGAUUACUUUAAAUUCAGAAAGGAUGUUUGCGACAAAAUACAUAAUGAAACCUUUCUGUUUUCUCCAUGACAUUCAAAUCAGCGUUAAAAAAAGUUGACGUUAAGGUUUGUUCCACCUGAGCCAUCAGAACACAUUCAUUUCAUGUAACAACGGAGGUACAGCAACACCUGGGUCUAUGUUACAGAACAACAAUGAUGUUUUAAAGGAGAUACUGGUUCACUCUAAGUAUAACAGGAAGGCCUCCCAAUUAGUGUAAAAGAGGUCUGUUUCUUGACUGUGUCCAGCUUGCUAAUAAUAACUGAAAUGAAAGCUAGACAGUCAGGGAGCAUCGAAAGUUCCCAAAAGGAUGGAUAAAGGACAAUUUUUUGCAAAUGUUGACGGCGAUGAAAUAUUACAGAUUUUCAGAGCGACCCACCGGACCUAGUUGAAGACUGAAUGCGGCCCCCCAGGGUAAAAUGAGUUUGACAGCCCUGAUGGAGUGUAGCACUACAGUUCUUCCAGUCAAAUGAACCAUCUGACCAGCAGGGUUUCACAUGCAACAACAUCAGACUUAGUUUUGCAUAACCUUGUUGAGAUUGGAGUUAAGCUGAAGAGGGCCUCUAGGGGGCAGGGUUCCCUAGUCAUCCCCAAACAUCUGACAGAGUAUCAACUAUAUGUCUCCAGUAUGGUUUGAUCAUGGGACACGACCAGAACCUGGGCAGUAAAAUGGUUGGUCCCGCUGGCAGCGGUCACAGGUGGCGUCCAUGUCAGGGUACAUGUUAAAUAGUCUAUACUUGGUCCAGUGCAUAUGCGUAGUUUUAAUUGAAUGAGACUAUGCAUCACACAGAUAGUAGUGAUGUCACAAUGACACGCACAUUCUAUUGAGUAGAAUCCAUAGUACAGCCUUUUCACCUCUUCUCUUUUGAAGAGACUCUUCAGAACACUCAAUUUGGAUCUGGCUUUUAAUAAAUAUCUAGUCUUGUUUGUAAGGAUUUCUCCCAAUAGCUGGCAGCACUACACAAUCCACUCAUGUUAAUUCUGUUGCCCCUUCACUCUUUUCUCCAUCCAAUGCUAAAAGUGUUUUUGCAUUUUCUGUUUCUCUUUGCUGUUUUUCUUCUGUCACCAUGGCGACCGGGUCCCUAUAACGCAAAUGUUGUCCCAGACUGAUACUAGAUUAUCAUAGAGUGUUGCUUUGGGUCACAACAUGAUGGAAUGAUGCUUUCCCCUUUGUGUUGAGUUUUUAUCCGUAUGCUCAUGUGUGUGUGUGUGUGUGUGUGUGUGUGUGUGUGUGUGUGUGUGUGUGUGUGUGUAUGUGUGUGUGUGUGUGUGUGUGUGUGUGUGUGUGUGUGUGUGUGUGUGUACCUAGCUUUGAGCCCAGGAUAUGAGGAGAUGAGGCUAUUAGUGAUCUCAGUAGGUGGUGCGGUAGCUGUGUGUCUUUGUGUGUGUGUGUGGUACAGUGUCUUUGUGUGUGUGUGUGUGUGUGUGUGGUACAGUGUCUUUGUGUGUGUGUGUGUGUGUGUGUGUGUGGUACAGUGUCUUUGUGUGUGUGUGUGUGUGUGUGUGUGUGUGUGUGUGUGGUACAGUGUCUUUGUGUGUGUGUGUGUGUGUGUGUGUGUGUGGUACAGUGUCUUUGUGUGUGUGUGUGUGUGUGUGUGUGUGUGUGUGUGUGUGUGUGUGUGUGGUACAGUGUGUGUCUAUAGAGGCUUCACCACCACCUGCUGUGUGUAGAUGAGAAUGAUCUCUCAGAUCAUGUCUUCGUUCCAAAUGGUACCCUAUUCCCUGCAUGAAUUUUGACCCUGGUAGUGCACUAUAUAGGGAAUUUAGGAGUACGACCUAGAGUACGACAUAUAUUUACAAUAGGACACCGUGUACCGACAUACAGUAUAUCUAUCAUAGGACACCGUGUACUUGCAUACAGUAUAUCUAUCAUAGGAUAACAGGAAGAACAUAGCUGGUGUUCCAAUCAGGACACAACGUCCUUGUCUUGUGUAACAAGAUAUUGUUUGCCUCCCAAAUGGCACGCUAUUCCCCAUAGUGCACUACUUUUGACCAGGGCCAACGGGGCUCUAAAUAGGGAAUAGUGGGCCAUUUGGGACUGAAACAUUGUGAUAGCUGAUGAAUACUGCUGGUUAACUCUUGAGACAGGACAUAUACCUUGGUUACUCUCUGAUAAACCUUCAAAUUGACUAAUGAAAAAUGACAUAUUUUCUCUUCCUCCUCCUCCCUCUCUACUGUCUCUACACCCCAUCAUCCUCCUCCCUCUCUACUGUCUCUACACCCCAUCAUCCUCCUCCCUCUCUACUGUCUCUACACCCCAUCAUCCUCCUUCCUCUCUACUGUCUCUACACCCCAUCAUCCUCCUCCCUCCUCCUCCAUCUCUACUGUCUCUACACCCCAUCAUCCUCCUUCCUCUCUACUGUCUCUACACCCCAUCAUCCUCCUCCCUCCUCCUCCAUCUCUACUGUCUCUACACCCCAUCAUCCUCCUCCCUCUCUACUGUCUCUACACCCCAUCAUCCUCCUCCCUCUCUACUGUCUCUACACCCCAUCAUCCUCCUCCUCCCUCUCUACUGUCUCUACACCCCAUCAUCCUCCUCUCUCCUCCUCCCUCUCUACUGUCUCUACACCCCAUCAUCCUCCUCCCUCCUCCUCCAUCUCUACUGUCUCUACACCCCAUCAUCCUCCUCCCUCCUCCUCCCUCUCUACUGUCUCUACACUCCAUCAUCCUCCUCCCUCUCUACUGUCUCUACACCCCAUCAUCAUCCUCCUCCCUCUCUAUUGUCUCUACACCCCAUCAUCCUCCUCCCUCUCUACUGUCUCUACACCCCAUCAUCCUCCUCCCUCUCUACUGUCUCUACACCCCAUCAUCCUCCUCCCUCUCUACUGUCUCUUCACCCCAUCAUCCUCCUCCCUCUCUACUGUCUCUACACCCCAUCAAUCCUCCUCCCUCUCUACUGUCCUCUACACCUCAUCAUCCUCCUCCCUCUCUACUGUCUCUACAACCCCAUCAUCCUCCUCUCUCUCUACUGUCUCUACACCCCCAUCAUCCUCCUUCCUCUCUACUGUCUCUACAACCCCAUCAUCCUCCUCUCUCUCUACUGUCUCUACAACCCCAUCAUCCUCCUCUCUCUCUACUGUCUCUACACCCCAUCAUCCUCCUCCCUCUCUACUGUCUCUACACCCCAUCAUCCUCCUCCCUCUCUACUGUCUCUACACCCCAUCAUCCUCCUCCCUCCUCCUCCCUCUCUACUGUCUCUACACCCCAUCAUCCUCCUCCCUCUCUACUGUCCUCUACACCCCAUCAUCAUCCUCCUCCCUCUCUACUGUCUCUACAACCCCAUAAUCCUCCUCCCUCUCUACUGUCUCUACACCCCAUCAUCCUCCUCCUCUCUAUUGUCUCUACCACCCCAUCAUCCUCCUCCCUCUCUACUGUCUCUACACCCCCAUCAUCCUCCUCUCUCUCUAUUGUCUCUACACCACAUCAUCCUCCUCCCUCUCUACUGUCUCUACAACCCCAUCAUCCUCCUCCCUCUCUACUGUCCUCUACAACCCCAUCCUCCUCCCCUCCCUCUCUACUGUCUCUACACCCCAUCAUCCUCCUCCCUCUCUACUGUCUCUACACCCCAUCAUCCUCCUCCCUCUCUACUGUCUCUACACCCCAUCAUCCUCCUCCCUCUCUACUGUCUCUACACCUCAUCAUCCUCCUCCCUCUCUACUGUCCUACAACCUCAUCAUCCUCCUCCCUCUCUACUGUCUCUACACCCCAUCAUCCUCCUCCCUCCUCCUCCCUCUCUACUGUCUCUACACCCCAUCAUCCUCCUCCCUCUCUAUUGUCUCUACACCUCAUCAUCCUCCUCCUCCCUCUCUACUGUCUCUACACCCCAUCAUCCCUCCUCCUCCCUCUCACUGUCUCUAUACCGUCAUCAUCCUCCUCCCUCUCUACUGUCCUACAACCCCCAUCAUUCUCCUCCUCUCUACUGUCCUCUACAACCCACACUCAUCCUCCUCCCUCUCUACUGUCUCUACAACCCCAUCAUCCUCCUCCCUCUCUACUGUCUCUACACCCCAUCAUCCUCCUCCUCUCUAUUGUCCUCUACAACCCCCCAUCAUCCUCCUCCUCUCUAUUGUCUCUACACCCCAUCAAUCCUCCUCCCUCUCUACUGUCUCUACACCCCCAUCAUCCUCCUCCCUCCUCUCCCUCUCUAUUGUCUCUACAACCCCAUCAUCCUCCUCCCUCUCUACUGUCUCUACAACCCCAUCAUCCUCCUCUCUCUCCACUGUCUCUACACCCCAUCAUCCUCCUCCCUCCUCCUCCCUCUCUACUGUCUCACACCCCAUCAUCCUCCCCCCUCCUCCUCCCUCUCUCGUCUCUACACCCCAUCAUCCUCCUCCCUCUCUAUUGCCCUCUACACCCACCCUCCUCAUCCUCCUCCCUCUCUACUGUCUCUACACCCCAUCAUCCUCCUCCCUCUCUACUGUCUCUACACCCCAUCAUCCUCCCCCUCUCUCUCUACUGUCUCUACACCCCAUCAUCCUCCCCCCUCUCUACUACUGUCUCUACACCCCAUCAUCCUCCUCCUCUCUUUACUGUCUCUACAACACCUCAUCCUCCUCCUCCCUCUCUACUGUCUCUACACCUCACAUCCUCCUCCCUCUCUACUGUCUCUACACCCCUCAUCCUCCUCCCUCUCUACUGUCUCUACACCCCAUCAUCCUCCUCCUCUCUCUUCUGUCUCUACACCCCAUCAUCCUCCUCCCUCUCUACUGUCUCUACACCCCAUAAUCCUCCUCCCUCUCUACUGUCUCUACACCCCAUCAUCCUCCUCCUCCCUCCCUCUAUUGUCUCUACAACCCCAUCUCCUCCCCCUCUAUUGUCUCUACACCUCAUCAUCCUCCUCCCUCUCUACUGUCUCUACACCCCAUCAUCCUCCCCCUCCUCUCCCUCUCUACUGUCUCUAAACCCCCAUCAUCCUCCUCCCUCCUCCUCCCUCUCUACUGUCUCUACAACCCCAUCAUCCUCCCUCCCUCUCUAUUGUCUCUAACACCCCAUCAUCCUCCUCCCUCUCUAUUGUCUCUACACCUCAUCAUCCUCCUCCUCCCUCUCUACUGUCUCUACACCCCAUCAUCCUCCUCUCUCUCUACUGUCUCUACACCCCAUCAUCCUCCUCCUCUCUCUCUACUGUCUCUACACCUCAUCAUCCUCCUCCCUCCUCCUCCCUCUCUACUGUCUCUACACCCCAUCAUCCUCCUCUCUCUCUAUUGUCUCUACACCCCAUCAUCCUCCUCCCUCCUCCUCCCUCUCUACUGUCUCUACAACUCAUCCUCCUCCUCCCUCUCACUGUCUCUACCUCCUCCCCUCCUCUCUACUGUCUCUACACCCCAUCAUCCUCCUCCCUCCUCCUCCCUCUCUACUGUCUCUACACCCCAUCAUCCUCCUCCUCUCUCUCUACUGUCUCUACACCUCAUCAUCCUCCUCCCUCCUCCUCCCUCUCUACUGUCUCUACACCCCAUCAUCCUCCUCUCUCUCUAUUGUCUCUACACCCCAUCAUCCUCCUCCCUCCUCCUCCCUCUCUACUGUCUCUACACCUCAUCAUCCUCCUCCCUCUCUACUGUCUCUACACCUCAUCAUCCUCCUCCCUCUCUACUGUCUCUACACCCCAUCAUCCUCCUCCCUCCUCCUCCCUCUCUACUGUCUCUACACCCCCAUCAUCCUCCUCCCUCUCUACUGUCUCUACACCCCAUCAUCCUCCUCCUCUCUAAUGUCUCUACACCCCAUCAUCCUCCUCCCUCUCUACUGUCUCUACACCUCAUCAUCCUCCUCUCUCUCUACUGUCUCUACACCCAAUCCUCCUCCUCCCUCUCUACUGUCUCUACACCCCAUCAUCCUCCUCCCUCUCUACUGUCUCUACACCCCAAUCCUCCUCCUCCCUCUCUACUGUCUCUAUACCCCAUCAUCCUCCUCUCUCUCUACUGUCUCUACACCUCAUCCUCCUCCUCCCUCUCUACUGUCUCUACACCUCAUCAUCUUCCUCCCUCUCUACUGUCUCUUCACCCCAUCCUCCUCCUCCCUCUCUACUGUCUCUACACCUCAUCAUCCUCCCCCCUCUCUACUGUCUCUACACUCCAUCAUCCUCCUCCCUCUCUACUGUCUCUACACCCCAUCAUCCUCCUCUCUCUCUACUGUCUCUACACCCCAUCAUCCUCCUCCCUCUCUACUGUCUCUACACCCCAUCAUCCUCCUCCCUCUCUACUGUCUCUACACCCCAUCAUCCUCCUCCUCUCUAUUGUCUCUACACCCCAUCAUCCUCCUCCCUCUCUACUGUCUCUACACCCCAUCAUCCUCCUCCCUCUCUACUGUCUCUACACCCCAUCAUCCUCCUCCCUCUCUACUGUCUCUACACCCCAUCAUCCUCCUUUGUGGGUCUGUGUAAUCUGAGGGAAAUAUGUGUCUCUAAUAUGGUCAUACAUUUGGCAGGAGGUUAGGAAGUGCAGCUCAGUUUCCACCUCAUUUUGUGGGCAGUGUGCACAUAGCCUGUCUUCUCUUGAAAGCCAGGUCUGCCUACGGCGGCCUUUCUCAAUAGCAAGGAUAUGCUCACUGAGUCUAUACAUAAUUUUGGGUCAGUCACAGUGGUCAGGUAUUCUGCCACUGUGUACUCUCUGUUUAGGACCAAAUAGCAUUCUAGUUUGCUCUGUGUUUUUGUUAAUUCUUUCCAAAGUGUCAAGUAAUUAUCUUUUUGGUUUUUCAUGAUUUGGUUGGGUCUAAUUGUGUUGCUGUCCUGGGUCUCUGUGGGGUCUGUUUGUGUUUGUGAAGCCAGCUUGCUUAGGGGACCCUUCUCCAGGUUAAGCUCUCUGUAGAUUAUGGAUUAUGAUUUUGUUAUGGAAGGUUUGGGAAUUGCUUCCUUUUAGGUGGUUGUAGAAUUUAACAUCUCAUUUCUGGAUUUUGAUAUUUAGCAGGUAUCAACCCCCCUUCUGCUCUGCAUGCAUUAUUUGGUGUUUUGCGUUGUACACAGAGGAUAUUUUUGCAGAAUUCUGCAUGCAGUCUCUCUCUCUCUCUCUCUCUCUGUCUCUGUCUCACUCUAUCUCUAUCUGUCUAUCUCUCUCUCACUCUCGCUCUCUCUCCCUUUUGCCCUACUGUGGUAUCCAGAGGUGUGGUACACUGGUAGCUACUAGCCGAUAAUCAAAUAUUUCUCAAUUUCUCUCUCUCCUCCUCCACUCCCUCCCUCCCUCCCUCUCUCUCUCUCUCUUUAGUGGUACCCGGAGGUGCGUCACCACUGCCCGUCAACCCCUAUCAUCCUAGUGGGUACUAAGCUGGAUCUGAGGGAUGAGAAGGAGACCAUCGAGAAGCUCAAAGAGAAGAAACUGGCCCCCAUCACCUACCCACAAGGCCUAGCGCUGGCCAAGGAGAUUGGUAGGUCACUGCAUAUAAUAAUCCAUUGCUUUUUAUAAUGAUGGAAUUGCAUUUUGUAAAGCACUCUAAAGCACUUUGUGUUAACAGCUGAUGUAAAUAGAGCUUUAUAAUAUACAGUACAUUUGAUUGAUUGAUAUUUUGUUUUACAAGUGUUCUAUGAAUUGUAUUAAAUGAGAGAAGCUGUACCAAUCUAUUCAGACCGCAUCUCCUCAGAUUCACAUCUUUUCACAUACAACAUACUGUUCAUAGAGAAUGAAGUGCCUAGCUAUGUUGCAUGCAUGUACACAGUAUUUACCUCUCUCUCUCUCUCUCUCUCUCUCUCUCUCUCUCUCCCUCUCCCUCUCCCUCUCCCCUCUCCCUCUCCCUCUCCCUCUCUCUCUCUCUCUCUCUCUCUCUCUCUCUCUCCCGCCUUCCACCAUCUCCCGCCCCAGACUCUGUGAAGUACCUGGAGUGUUCUGCUCUGACCCAGCGUGGCCUGAAGACAGUGUUUGACGAGGCUAUCAGGGCAGUACUCUGCCCACAGCCAACCAAGGUCGGGAAGAAGAAAUGUCUACUGCUCUAACAGGUGAGAGGGAGGCAGGGAGGUAGGGAGGGAUGGAUGGAGGGGGAGGGAGGGAGGGAGAGAGAGAGGGAAGGAGGAAGAGGGAGGGAGGGAGGGAGGGUGAGGCAGGGCCUCUGCCCACAGCCCACCAAGGUUAGGAAGAAGGGAUGCCUAGUUCUCUAA